UUCUUUUUAUCAAAUGCAUCAUAAAAUGCAAAUUAAGGAACUACUACAACAGAUGUUUGAUUCUAAAAGCAUGUUUUUAGAUUGUAAUUCUAAAACAGGACGAUUCCUUACUGCUGCCGCUAUCUUCAGAGGUAGUGAAAUAUCUCCGACGCUUGUAGAUGAGAAAAUGCUGAACAUACAAAAUAGAGCCAAAAUAGAACAAGACAAUUCAUCUUUUGUCAAGUGGCUUGCAAAUAAUAUUAAAACUGCUAUGUGCAACAUAGCGCCAAUGAGCAAAUACCAUUUAAAAAUGUGCGCUACUUGGUUGUCGAACACAACUGCGAUUGUAGAACCGCUUAACCAGCUGUCUAACCACUUUGAAUCCAUAUUUCAAAGAAGGCAAAAUCUUCAUCAUUACAUUAGCGAAGGAAUGGAAGAGUCUCAAUUCUUGGAAGCUUUAGAUAAUUUGCGUUUUCUAAUCUCUGAGUACAAAAAAUAUCAGAAUGCACCGAUUGAGACAAAUAUCGUCGAAACAUUGACACCAUAUUGAGUUUUAAUGAAGAA